CGCUGCCGAUGUUGACAUCACCCAGCGCAGCUCGAUGAAGAGUCUGUCAGAAGAGGUGAGGAGAGCCAAGCCCCCCCCUCCACAGGAGAAGUAUGAGUUGGUGUCCAUCCACCCUGCUUCGUCCUGACCAGGAGCAGACAGACAACAGAAGCUACAGCCUGGAGGCUCUGCGGGGGGAGACGGGGGGGGCACACCCGGCUGACCCCCAGGACAGGACCGCAGGGCUGGAUGGCCGGCACAGUGGCUCCCUGGUGUCCCUCACCGAGGAGGAGCAGGACGAAGACAGCCAGACAUCCCAUCAGGUACUGUCAGCGACAAACAGCUAUCCUGCCAUGUUCCAUCACCAAACCCUCACCAAAUCCAUCUCCAUGGUGGCCAUCAGUCACCGCGAUAUAGAUGCGGUCAGCUCAUUCUCCAGUAACUCGGGCUCCCUGGAAUACAGUAUUUCGGAGGAGGAGCCGGGCCCUCUGCGGAGCGACACCGAGGGGAAAGGAGGGCCUAAAAUCAGUCGCACGUUCAGCUACCUCCGCAGCAAGAUGAGCAAGAAAGGCAAGGAGAAGGAGAAGGAGAGGAAAGGAGAGAAGGCACGAGAUAGUAAAGAGAAAGAAAAGAAGAGUGCCAACGGUCAUCUCUUCAUCUUGGUCAGUUCAUGUCCUUCCACCGCCGGCUGUCAGCACUGCAGCAAAGCUCUGCCCAGCAAGGAAAGCUUCCUCUGCAGCAACUGUGGAGCCAGUGUCCAUAAGAGCUGCAGAGAGAGUCUGUCUGUCUGCACAAAGAGCAAAACAAAGCAGCAGAUGCUGGUGCCAGAAGCUGUUCCUGGGUCAACUGUGAACAUGAGGAGUAAAUCGACGUCUUCGGCAUCGUCCGUGUCCUCCGCAUCGUCCUCGUCCUCCCGGGAACGCUGGACCACAGCAGCCAGCCCUGACGACCAGUUCCCUGUCCUGUUUCCGCGGAGACACCCCAGCAUCUUCAACACAAACAGCAACCUGGCCAAGAGCAUCUCCACCAGCAACAUAGCAGGGUUAGAUGACGUUCCACUCAAAGGCCUGAAGUUUCUGUCCCAGUCCACUGACUCUCUCCAUCAGGGGAGCAAAGUCAACGCCUCCACAGAGUCACUCACUGAUGAAGGUACUGAGAUGAUGGACAGUCAGCUGAUGGGCGAGUUUGAGUGGGACGUUAAAGAUCUGGAAGCUGAUUCCUGGAGCGGCACGAUGGACAAGAAGUUCUUGAAAACGUUGAAAAAAGAUGAGAUCAAGAAACAAGACGUCAUCUAUGAGCUGUACCAGACAGAGUUCCACCAUGUGAGGACUCUGAAGAUCAUGUCUGACGUGUACUAUAAAGGCCUUCAGAAGGAGCUGCAGCUGGACUCGCUCACUCUGGACAAGAUUUUCCCAGUUAUGGACGACCUGUUGGACACGCACACACAUUUCCUCACGCUGCUGCUGGAGAGGAAGAGGGCGUCUUCCACUGAGGCGCAGAAGGACAGCAGCUUCCUGAUCUGCAGCAUCGGGGACGUCCUGCUCAGCCAGUUUUCAGGCUGCAGUGCUGAUCGGAUGAAGAAGGUUUACGGGAAGUUCUGCAGUCGCCACAAUGAAGCUGUCACUCUGUACAAAGACCUGCACGCCAAAGAUAAACGCUUCCAGGCUUUCAUCAAGAGAACGAUGAGCAGCAGCAUCGUGCGCAGGCUCAGUAUUCCAGAGUGUAUUCUGCUGGUCACUCAGAGGAUCACCAAAUACCCCGUUCUCAUCCAGAGGAUCCUCCAGCACACUAAAGACUCUGAUUCAGACCACGGCUGUGUGUGCGACGCGCUGCGCAGUGUGAAGGAGCUGAUCACGGCUGUGGACAGUAAAGUCAACGAGCAGGAGAAGAAGCAGAGGCUGAGAGAGGUGUACAGUCGCACUGACAGUAAGUCCAUCAUGAGGAUGAAGAGUGGGCAGAUGUUUGCUAAAGAGGACCUGAUCAGAGGGAGGAAGAUGCUGCAUGACGGAGCGCUGCAGCUGAAAAACUCUGCUGGACGGCUCAAAGAUGUCCAGGCCUUGCUCCUGUCUGACGUGUUGGUCUUUCUUCAGGAAAAAGACCAGAAAUAUGUCUUUGCCUCAUUGGAUCAGCGCUCGACCGUCAUCUCUUUACAGAAUCUGAUAGUCAGAGAAGUGGCUAACGAGGAGCGAGGGCUCUUCCUGAUCUCGGCUGGUACAGCAAAGCCCGAGAUGGUGGAGGUGUUGGCCAGCAGCAAGGAGGAGCGCAACACGUGGAGGGCCAUCAUACAGGAAGCCAUGCACCGCAUGGAGAAGGACGAGGACGAGGGCGUCCCCAGUGAGACGGAGGAAGACCGGAGGCAGCAGGAGAACCGAGCCAAGGAGAUCCGUGAGCUGCUGCGGAGGAAAGACGAGCAGAUCCUGGCUUUACUGGAGGAGAAGGUCCACAUCUUCAGAGAGCUGGGCGACUGGAGCCCCGCCCGUGAGGAUCCCAAUCCACCAAUCAGGGAGCGCAUGUUGUUCAUGGCCACACCUGAUGAAGUCACAAAAGGGGAGCCAAUCAUAAAGGAUGCACUGAGAGAAGUGGAGAGCCUGCAGGGCUACGUCAGCAGCGGUGUUGGCGUUCCAGCCGGCCUGGCAGGGGGGGCCAGCGCGGGGCCCGUCUGUCUGCCCAGGAGAGCCGAGACAUUCGGAGGCUUCGACAGCCAUCAGAUGAACAGCAGCAAGAACGGAGAGAAGGAAGAAGGGGAUGAAUCGCUGGACCUCCGCAGGACGGAGUCAGACAGCGUGUUGAAAAAGGGAGGCACUGCCAGCCUACAGAUGUUGCUGAAGAGAAACACGGAGCAGGUGCUGCACAGUGUGACAUAUCUUCACGAGCUGCUGAUUGCACUGCAGGCCGUGGUGCUCCAGCAGGACUCGUUCAUCGAGGACCAGCGGCAGAUCCUCAGCGACCGGCUCGCCGCCACGUCCUCCAGACACUCGUCCUCUUCCUCGCUGUCGUCCACGUCCUCGUCCCGCCCCUCCUCGCUCAUCGAGCAGGAGAAACACCGAAGUCUGGAGAGACAGCGACAGGAGGCGGCCACUCUGCAGAAACAGCAGGCGGCUCAUCAGGAGGAGAAGAGGAGGAGGGAGAAGGCGUGGGAGUUGAAGGAGAAGAGCCUGGCCGAGCGGGAGGAGAGGCUGAGGCUGGAGGAGGAGCAGACCAAGGAGAGGCGUCGCCAGCUGACCGACGAGGGAGAGCUGCUGCUCAGGAAGAAAGAGGAGUACCAGGCAGAGCUGGAGAGGCUGAAGGAGGCCCAGAGGACGCUGGAGCGCGAGCAGGAGGCUCUGAGGAGAGACACCCAGAGAUUGGAGGCCAUGAACACAGACCAGUCGGAGAGGCUUCAGAGGUACCAGCGCACGCCCUCCACCACCUCUGAAGACUCCAUAAGGUUCCACAGCUCCGGAUCUCUGGAUCUAGAUUCAAAAGAAGCAGCAGAACAGCCAAAAGGGGUGGAGGUCUCGUCCUCGGCCCAGAGCAGAGAACCUUUCCUCCGCAUCGGAUCCAAGAGGAUGGGCAAAAGCUUUAACCCCUUCUCCUCUACCUCGUCCUCCAAGCCCCAGGGAGCAGAGAAGGAGUCCCAGCUCCCCAGCAAACUGCUCCAGCUGUCUAAAACCAAGGAGAAGAAAGACAAGAGGAAGAAGAAGGGCAAAGGAGAGCAGACACAGACAGAAAGCAACGUUGCAGUGAUGUCAGACCCUCGCAAUGAUGGAGAGAUCUUCUUCUGCUGAGGACCUGGACGACGCACAUGUGCACUUGUAACUUUCCCGAGGAACCAGACAACCGGCCGAGCAGCAAACGGGACCCCUGACGCUCUAUUUGGAUGUACUGUAAAAUGCCCACGUGUCUCUGCUGACUGUCUGGCCUCUGGACACUGUCCCUGCCUUCCUGCCAGACAGAACGGGCCGCCUCCUCCUCCCAGAGACACACCGGGUGAAGGGUCAGUGUUGAGACGAUGAUUCAAUCAGGAGAAGAAGACUUUCCCUACGAGCUUCCGUGUGUUUAGCGAUGGAAAGCCAAGCAGAAUCGGACGAGCCGCGUGUCCGACCACGUGUCAAGUCAAAUCUCCUCAAGACUUUACACUGUAGCUUUAACACGAACCAAUAACGAGUGCCUUUUCUUUCUAGCUGUGCUGAUGCUAACUUUGAAUGCUUGUGGUGCUGGUGACUCCUCAGUUUCAGUUAGCAACUCGAGGAACUUUUAAUUUAAUGUGUGAUGUUUGCUUUAUAACUUUUUUUUUUUUUAAUCAGUCAAGCUGUCAAACAGGACGGGACAUGGGGGAGUAACAGACGGCACGCCACAUGGUGUGUGUAACAGUUGGUAACCGCCAUGUCCACACUGUGUGCUGAGGUCAGUGUUUGUGCUCGGCGUGCACACCGAGGCCACAGAACUCCAGACACAACCAGUCAGCGCCAGGCCAGUCCCCGGACACGUCUGAAUCUGUAGAGAGGUCAGGGCACGGGUCUCUGAGACAGUCUCUGCUCAGUGGAAUGAAGGUGGUCAUAGCAGACGUUUUGAUUUCCUAGAAAUUCAUUAUUUUUUGGUUGAGGGUCAUCCGAGUCAGCAUCGAGCUCUGCAGAAGAAUCAGCGAUCAUCUUUAAUUUGACUUUCAGUGGAACAAUCACAACAGGAUCAGGAUACAAAGAUAUUUGAGCCUGCACUUUAUAUUCAUGGGAGAGUGAUGCUUCUUAUGAAGGCUCUGUCAUGUCCUAAUCAUUGCAUCAUACGCCUUUUAGUAAUUUGGUACUGAUUACAGUCAAAUAGGAACAUUCUGGAAAGAUGAGCUCCAUUUAAACCCAAGUAUAUCUACAUUAAUUACUGCAAAUUUUAUUCUUAAUAUACAUAUGUUGAACUGUUAUAUACCGAGCCCCCAAGGUCCUGAAAGAUGUAAUUUUUUGAAAUCUCAAAUGCUCAAAAUGUGUGUGUGUGUCAGGACUUUGGGGGCUCUGUAUGUAUGCUUGCUUCAAUGUUUCACAUACGUUCACGUUUUCACGAAUAGAAGUGUACCAAUUGAACUCAAUUAGUACAACACCGUUCUUUGUGGUUACGUUUUUUGGAAAUGAUUUGGAAAUGACAGAAUUGUAAAAGAAAACAUCACCCAUGAGAGCAGCAGUACAGUGUAGUUAUGUCACAGUGGAGCUGGGUCACAAUUCAGUAUUAUUACUUUUACUGGAUUUAUAUUGAGAGGAUAUGAUCAUAUCAUGUUAUUGCUUCUGCGGUCAAAAUGAAUCCUCCAGGCCCAUUUGAAUGAAAAAAUAAACAACCUGAGUUAAUAGUUGUCUGAACAUUCGAACAUCGGUUUACUGAGCCUUACUUUUCUUUCUUGUCAUCGGAAACAUCAGUUGACAGAAUACCCCCCAGCAGACUGUGGAACUGUGUUCCAACUCGCCGUGAUUUGGAGCACUUCGUGACUUAACAGCCAUGUUGAUGUCAAUCAAGUUGGAUUAUUUUACAUAUAUUUGCCACUUUGUGACCAAUGUUAAUAGUUGAUCAAAAACAUGUUUUACCCAGCGUCUUUACAUGAGACAAUCAAAAAUCAGAGUUUACAUUCUACAUUGUAAAAAAAGUCAUAUAAGAAAAACUACUGUUAACUUGUUGGGUUUGUAAAGUGCUGCUUGUCACAUCAAUCAAUAGCAAUCAUUGCAGACAGAAGGAGAGUCAUGAACGGUUGAUGAUAAUAAUAAUAAUGAUGAUAAUAAUAAUACUGAAGAUUGUCAGAUAGUGGCUGGAGACUUUAUUCAGCUCAGUGGAAGAGAGACGCAGUUACGGGCCUUUAUUUCCACCCCCCCAUCGUCGUCAUGUCAUGUCAUGUCUGUUUUCCAUUCAUCCUCCCUCUAACCCUAACCCUUUAGGAGGCAAGUGGCUGAAACCUCAUUCCCUUCCCCGAAGGUCUUUUAUUUUGAAAUAUAGAAUCAAUCACAGUAAAUGACUCUAAGAGAAGAGUACCCAUGGAAUAAUGUUGUGGAAGUACACAUUACAUUGAAGUUACCGUGUACGUAUACAGUAGUGCAGUAUGUUUACUGGUUAUUUAUUUAUCGUUUGCUGUGAUUUCCAUUAUCUGAGAAUGUACAGCGUAACAAAGCCCAGUUCGAUCUCGAGUCAGACUUGUGAUAGAAGAAACAAUCCUGGAUGAACUGAAUUAAUGACGUGUGAAUCCGUAAGUGCAUUAGAUCACGAGUGGACAAAGGGUGACGACCACAUUAAACUAGUUUCUCUUCCAAGACCUUGUCAGAUACUAUACCUCCUCUGCACCAUACUGCAUAUGGCCCUGUUCCACUGAAUCCAUCUGAACUCAGUAGCUGUUAAAACCCAACCCUUCCCCUUCAUCCAAAUGUUGUUUCUUUUCAUAUUCUUCGUCCCCCCUCCAGCCCCGCUGCUGUGAUAACGCACCAACACACAGUGGAUGACCUGAAGCUCUGAUUCAUCAUCUCUUACACAUCCGCACAUUAGAUCUGCACCACAUUGAUUUUCUCCUCGUGUUCUCUGCAGCAGUCUGAAGAAAGAUAUUUCAGCCCACAGGGUCAUUUCCCGCCUUGCUGCUGAGAGAACAGAUUUCUACUGAAAAAGAGUAGUCACUGAUGUUUCCUUCUCUCCUCUCCUUGUGUCCUCUCCCCUCUCUCUCUCUCUCGCUCUCUCUCUCCGCUGUGUGUAAUUAUUAGCAGUGGUUCGUCUUCUGAUUCAGAAGUGGAAAACGGUCUUCCAGGUUCCUCUGGAGAGUUAUUCAUACUCCAGAAGGAAAUCCUGCAUUUUUCUGCAGAUUCACAUGUUAAAAGGCAAUAUAUUUCAAAAUAAGUGCAAUAUAUUUCUACAGUAUCACACAAUGUUAAUAUGAUGUAUUGGCGAGACGUGCCUUAAAAGAUGUGUGUACGCAUGGUUUUAUAAAUCUGAAUUUGUUUAUGGCAUACGCCUUUUUGGGCUUUUGGGCCCUUUUUUUAUACUCUUUAAAUAAGUCCAAAGGGGGGGAAAGGUAUUUUAUAUUUUGGUUUGAGGAUAGUGCCCCCUGUAUUAAUUAUUAACCAGUCAAAGUGACUCAGUCUCCGUCUACAAAGAACUUCAUUUAUCACUGUAUUUGCAACGACUAUCAUUGUUCUAUCGUCAGCUGGCAGGACGCAGCGCGAGCCUCAGACCGACUUGAGCUUCCUAGCUGAUGUCUGUCCUCUACGGACGGGUCUUAUGUCUCACAGACCUCCAGCAGAGAAAACAGGGCUGCUGACAAGAGAGCCUGAAAGGCUGGAGAGCUAAUCAGUUUUACUCCGUUGACAUGUGAAAUCAUGUAGUCCUUAUUCUUAAACACCACUGCUAACAAAAACCACGGUCUGUCCUCAGCUUUAAGCUCCAUUCAGCAGCAGCAGCCAGUUUAAAAGCUGGAUAUGGUGUCCUGGCUAAAGGAGCACUUUGUGAUAGAUUGUCGUCUUCCUUGUAGUGAUCCAAAUAUUAAGAAUACAUGUAAAAAAAAAUCACUUUGGUGUGCAGAUUGUGAGUUCAGUUGGACUGAAGAUUGAGGCUGGCAUGUGUGAGCAGUAGAUAACAUGUUAUAAUGUAUCUUUGUGAACACUGUUCUACAUUUCAAGCUAAAGGCACUAGGGAUGAGUUCUGUUUCCAGAGUAGAAAUCCCAGCAGCACAGCCACAUGGGAGCAGCCAGAGUUCUGCUGUGAAGAGGGAGAUUAGUUUAAAUCCCCCCCCAACCCCCUCCCUCUCUGAUCCAGAUAUCCUUCAGUGGGUUUGAGUGUCCUUGAGUAGUUUAUUCUUCUGUGUGCAGUCAGAGGAGGUAUAUGUCGGGCUGUUCUACAUGGGUUCUCCUUGUACACCUAUACAGCUCAGUUCACAAUCUGCAGCUUUUGGAUGUAUGAAACAAAAUAAGCUAAAUGACAUAAACUGUUUGAUCAUAGAACAUGGUGGUAGUUUGGGGCUCCACGGUGUUUCCCACUCAGCGUGCACCAGACUGCUACUAAAACCACUCAUAAGGACUUUUACUAACUCACAUUAGACCUUACAGUUUUUGAACUGUUUUUUUUUUUUUUUUUUUAAAUGUAUUUGUACUGUAAACAAAAAGGUACAAAGUUUAUUUUUUCGCAUUUUUGUGUACAAAGAAAAAAAAGGGCAACACAAUACAUUUUGUAAAUAUGUUUUAUGUACAAAUCUGAAUUUCCAAAGUACUGAUAAUUGUGGAUUUUGUUUAGUUGGAUGAUUGUUUUUUUUAAUAAAUAACAAAGGUUUAUUUAUCUGUCCUCUAAAUGUAAAGUCAUUUUCUCUCUUCAAUAAAUAACCAUGCUGUUUGUCAUGCUACA